UGUGCUAUAGCAGCAAGUCAGCCGUCUCACCAGCAUCUCUCUGGCUUGGAAGGCAUAUAGACUGUAGUCACAUCUCUGCUGCUGCUGCUUGCAAGCUUGCUAGUUUUUACCACAUUUAGUAGCAGCUUUUGCACUUAUAUUUAUUACAUUUUCCAGAUCAAAGCGAGGCAGGGCGCUGCCAGGAGUGCAGAAUUCGUACACUGAUUUUUCUUGCUUAUUGGGAUCUUGCUUAUACUGGAUUUGAUAUUAUCGGCACCUCCUACAAAGUUAUAUUUUUUUUUCUGUCUUUCUCCCUGUUUGAAUUGUGAUGGAGUAUCGUGAUUGAACUGGGAUCCUGAAGAUGAAAGGGUUUAUGGUGACACUUGCACAAUAGAACCAAUUGCUGUUUGGAUCAGAUACGAGAGAAAGGGGAGAGGAGUAACCUUUGUAUGUUCACAUCCCUUAAAGAAAUCCCUGCUUUUUAUCGUCACAUCACCGCUGUUAUUUUCAUACAUUUGGGAGGUGCAAGAGGAAAGCGCCAUUAAAGCAGGACUGUUCCUUAACGGGAUACCCCGAAAGAAAGCGACUGCUGAUCGCAUCUCUUGGUGAAGGUGUUUAUUGUAUUGCAGCUAUACUAGUAUUACUGUGGGGCUCCUGGAUCCACGCUAGUCAACCCUAUUUGCAAUGCCAGGGCAGUGAAAGGGCGGCUCUGUUCAAUCGCCCCGUUCAGAUAGCAUGGCUCCAUCCCAGUGGAAAUGCAGAUCGAAAAUGUUUGCGGUGUCGGGAUGCAUGCUGCUGUUUGUCUUGGGGUAUGGACCUGUAUUUGCUUCGGUACCCAGGGAGAGGACUGGCCACAGCGGACACAACGCCGGGUACACGAGUGACGGCAAGCAGUUACCCAUCAUGGUACUGAUGCCGAUGAAUGAGACAGCGCCUAUGAGCAACAUCGGUCAGGGGAUCCACCCGGCUGUCCUGCUAGCCAUUCAGCACAUUAACGAGUCCAAGCUCUAUUCUUUCUCGUUGAUCCCCGAGAUAUACGAUACAGAGUGUGACAAUGCAAAGGGACUGAAGGCCUUCUUUGAUGCCAUAUAUUAUGGCCCAAAGCACCUGAUGAUCUUUGGGGGAGUUUGCCCGUCAGUGACGUCCAUCAUUGCUGAGUCUCUUGAAGGGUGGAACCUUGUACAGCUUUCCUUUGCUGCAACCACACCAGUUCUCGCUGACAAAAAAAAAUAUCCAAACUUCUUCCGGACCGUACCGUCGGACAAUGCAGUCAACCCAGCAGUCAUCAAGUUCCUCAAGAAAUUUGAGUGGAGCAGGGUGGGGACUCUGACCCAGGAUGUGCAGAGGUUCUCUGAGGUGAGAAACGACCUGACCAGCAAACUGGAGAAGGCAGAUAUUAGAAUUGCUGACACCGAGAGCUUCUCUAAUGACCCCUGUACCAACGUGAAGAAGCUCAAGGAUAACGAUGUCCGGAUAAUUAUUGGGCAGUUUGAUGAGAACCUGGCAGCGAAAGUCUUUUGCUGUGUGUACAACCUGAACAUGUAUGGCAGUAAGUACCAGUGGGUUAUUCCAGGCUGGUAUCAGGGGAACUGGUGGGAGCAGGCCAACUCCACCAACUGCACCACCAAGAAACUUCUCAUGGCUAUGGAGGGCUACAUCAGCGUGGAUUUCGAACCGCUCAGCACCAAACAGACCAGAGGAGUAUCAGGGAGGACUCCACAAGAGUACGAGGCAGAGUAUAACAGGAGGAGGCUGCAGAAAGGCCUGGAGUCCAGCAAAUUUCACGGCUUUGCUUAUGAUGGGAUCUGGGUGAUUGCCAAGACGUUGACAAGGGUCAUGGCAAUUCUGAGACAGAAAGGACACAAGAAGAUCCAGGACUAUGACUAUACCAAUAAGGAGCUUGGAGAGAUCGUCCUGGAUGUCAUGAACGAGACAAACUUCCUUGGUGUGACAGGCCAGGUUAUGUUCCGUAAUGGAGAACGGAUGGGGACCAUCAGAUUUAACCAGUUUCAAGAAGGUCAAGAAGUAAAGGUUGGGGAAUACAAUGCAAUAGCUGACGUACUGGAGCUCAUGAACAAUACCAUCAGGUUCCAAGGUGUGGAGCCUCCAAAAGACCGGACGAUUGUCCAAAACCAGCGGCGUAACAUAAACCUUCCCUUGUACAGCAUUCUCUCUGCCGUUACCAUCCUGGGAAUGUUCAUGGCAGGAGCCUUCCUUUUCUUCAACAUCAAAAACCGCAAUCAUAAGCUGAUAAAGAUGUCCAGUCCAUACAUGAACAACUUGAUUAUCCUUGGAGGAAUGCUGUCCUACACAUCCAUCUUUCUCUUUGGUCUUGAUGGGUCCUUUGUCUCUGACAAAGUAUUUGAAACUCUUUGCACUGUGCGCACUUGGAUCCUCACUGUGGGAUACACAACGGCGUUCGGAGCCAUGUUUGCAAAGACCUGGAGAGUCCACGCCAUCUUUAAGAAUGUCAAGAUGAAGAAAAAGAUUAUUAAAGACCAGAAGCUGAUGAUAAUAGUUGGUGGGAUGCUGCUGAUUGAUCUCUGCAUCCUCAUUUGCUGGCAGAUUGUAGACCCCCUAAAGCGGACAGUGGAAGAAUACAAUUUAGAGGCAGACCCUCAAGGCAGAGACAUUGCAAUCCGCCCUUUCCUGGAACACUGUGAAAAUGCAAACAUGACUAUCUGGCUUGGCAUAGUCUAUGCCUACAAAGGGCUACUCAUGUUAUUCGGGUGUUUUCUAGCCUGGGAGACUCGCAAUGUAAGCAUCCCUGCCUUGAACGACAGCAAGUACAUCGGGAUGAGUGUGUACAACGUGGGCAUCAUGUGCAUCAUCGGAGCUGCCGUGUCCUUCCUCACCCGCGACCAGCCCAACGUGCAGUUCUGCAUAGUGGCGCUGGUCAUCAUUUUCUGUAGCACUAUCACCUUGUGUUUAGUGUUUAUGCCAAAGCUAAUCACAAUGAGAACGAAUCCAGACGCAGCCACUCAGAACCGGAGGCUUCAGUUCACCCAAAACCAGAAGAAGGAGGACUCGAAGACGUCAACAUCUGUGACCAGCGUGAACCAGGCCAACACAUCUCGACUGGAGGGGCUGCAGACAGACAACCACCGCCUGAGGAUGCGAAUCACAGAGCUCGACAAGGACCUGGAAGAGGUAACCAUGCAGCUGCAGGACACGCCAGAGAAGACCCCCUACAUCAAGCAGAACCAUUAUCAGGAUCUCAACAUCCUGGGCAUACGCAACUUCACAGACGGGCACGACGGAGACAAAUCCAUCUUAAAAAACCAUCACGAGCAGAAACCUCCAGCCCAGUGGGGCUCCGUGGACCCUUCCAGAAUGAGUACAGAUCAUAUAGACGACAUCAACUCACCGGAACACAUACAGCGCAGACUGUCAUUGCAGCUGCCGAUUCUGCACCAUGCCUACCUGCCCUCCAUAGGAGGAGUGGAUGCCAGCUGCUCCAGCCCCUCAGUGAGCCCGAGUGUCAGCCCUCGGCACAGGCACGUGCAGCCGUCCUUCCGGGUCAUGGUUUCCGGCCUGUGAGCCACAGCAAGGGAGGAAGAGAGGAGGUUCCCUGUUUUUUGUUGAACUUAUAUUGUAGUCAGCAAAAUAAACUGUGUACGUGACCCAGUCCUCUCUACACGACGCACGCUCCAAUCACAGAGGGACUGACAGCCAAGGCCAUCACCCAUAAGCACUCCUUAUUCACAAGGUUAUGGCAACAGAGGACACAACCUUCAGCCUUUUAUGUUAAAGGGUUUUUAUUUUAUGUUUUUUUAUUUUGUUUUGUCAUAUAUUUGACCGUGAGUCUACUUGUCAAACUUGGGUAUUUUACUAAACAUUGGAUUUUGUUAUGGAUGCAAUAGGAGAAAGAUUUUUGUUAUAUAUUCUAUCUAUCCAUCUAUCUAGAGAGAGAGAGGGAGAGAGAGAGAGAGAGAUAGAGAGAGAUGCAUUUCUGAAAACAUUCCUGUCACAAAUAGGAGGUUCACUCAAAGUGACUAUUGAUAAAAACGUUGAAAAAUUGUAGUUGGCAAAAGUGUUGUUUUUCAAUGUCUGAAAACCAUUCACUUCCAUUUUCUCAGGAUGUCUCCAGGGGAUCUGAGACCACUGAGUUCUUACCAUUGGCUUUAGUCAAGGCACCCUGUAUCACUCGGGUCAUUGUUGUGUAAACCUGGACAUACAAAUACAGUCUCUUUACAGCCCAUGAAUCUGACUGCAGAUCCAAAUGGCAAAGCAGGUUGUGGGAAAGCAAACUUAUUUAUCAGAUUAACAUGCAAGAGAUUGCAAUUGUUUGCUGGCUACGUUAUUAAAAGUUUGAAGUGAGUAAAACAAGGACAGACAUAUGGUAUGUUUAUGUUUUGUUUUUAGGCACAGGGUUUACUGUUUUGAAGCGAUACCUACAGGGCCCAACAAGAGUAUGAGGAGAGAAGUCUUCCAAGUGAAGAAAUGGAUACUAGCGAGGGAGACUGUUUGCUUCCUGAUGCAGUCUGCAAUCCAGUUAUUUGCCAAGUAUGUUUUAACGUUCUGGAUUUUAGUCAGUUACAGUAUGUGCUGCUUUCUGACCGGACCCUUGGUGACCUUUGAUUAUCCAAACUGCACCCCCUUUUACAAUCGCAGGGUAAGAUUUGGAAUCCCAAUGAAAGCGAAUGGCAGAAAUAGCCCACUUAUGAAAUCAUUCUCAAUAAAUACACUCUUGUCACCCAGUUACAGUUACAAAGCACUUAUUUUUUUGGUUACGUUGAUAAGGUGAAAGCUGAUUUUUUAAACUGUUCCCACUAAAUGACACAGCCUCACCCGAAUACUUCAAAUUAAUUAACAAUUUUACAUGCCUUUAAAAGGUUCAUCCGCAUGGUGGCUGCCUUUUUUUUCUUUUUUACAUCAGUCAACCUUUUUACAAUUAAUUCCCAUUUAAACAGAUAUCUUUCGCCACCAUUGGUGUCUUGGUGUCAGUAGGAUAAAGCUAGACCUCUGUUUAGGAAGAGAUUUCUUUGAACCAUAUCUGUACUGGGAGACUGGCUGUGGUUACACGUUUUAUUUAGAUGGCCGAUUACACUGCAGGUCACUUUAAUGGCAACAUUCUUCAUUUAUUGGAUGGAACUUUCUGGUUGUUCUUAACAUUGACAGAAACCCCCUCAGAAAAAACACCUGCAUUGUACUGUUUAAAAGGUCGUGUGUCAGAAAAUAUUGUUAAUACUGUAUAUGCUUGAUAUAGCGCCCAGUCUCGACUGUCCGCCCGUAUUUAUAUCAGCGCCCAGGUUUACUUUCAAAAGGUCAAUAAAACACCAAAAAACAGUAGUCUCUGGCUAAGAGAACACCCCUCGGGAAGCAAGCGAAGUGUUCUCUUAGCCGAAGUGUUCUCUAAAACGGACUUAGCCACCAGACAAAAUAAGAAUCAAUAAAUAAAUAUGUAUUACUUGUCAUGACACACAUGCAUCAACAUAUGAAAUGAACAGAAUAAGUAAGAGAAAAGCAAUAGGCAAGUGUAUGUUAAUAGAUUAUAAUAAUAAAGUAACUGUCAAACUAAAUUAACACAGCACCCCUACACAGGUUAAAAAAUGCAGCAGCACCUCUAGAUUAAUUAUGAAUACACGUACAGGAACAAUAUUCAAGACAUGCACAAAAUUAUUUAACAGAAUGGUGAAGUAACUCACCAGAACGGAAAACACCAAAUUCUUCAGCGACUUGUGUCUGAUUCAGGUUUUUUUUCCCAAGAGCUCGAACAAUUUCCAACUUUUUGUAGCAAGAGAAACAACAACGCAUUUCGCCGUUUGUUUCUAUUCUAUUUUGUAGCGAUGAGGUGCACUCGUGGAAAUCAGAAUACAAAACGAGUCAAUGAUAUGACGGCGGUUCUGGGAAGAUUUGAUAAAUCAAUAAGUGUUCCACAAGCUUAAAAUACAAAACAAUCAGGAGUGAAAUUCUGCUGAAGUUAAUGAAAAGUUCUAGAGAAAUGGUUCUCAGUCCAACCAUAAAAUGGAACAGGGAAGGGCAUGCUGAUCUCGGAGGAACCGCUAAUAAAAAUGAAUGUCUUGAAUUCUUUUAAUGUGUUUUUGUUUUAUGUUGUUGCAUAAUAUGGGAAGCACAAUGUCAGUGGUUGUAUCAUCUUAAGCGCAUUAUUACAUAAAACCUUUUGUGUGGCAAUAUAUUCCUGCAUUGUGGGGAAUGUAUAGCACUGGCUUAUUACCCUGUGCUAGAAAGUAGACUAGGGCAUUCAUAAAACAUGGAGAUAAAAGGAAUAAAGCAUACUUAAGAAAAGGCAGCUGAGUGGUUUGCUGAAUCUUGCGAUAUUGAAAAUGCAUCAGGACAACUGGACUUAUUGGCAAAAACAUUUGAGCCUUGACAACAGAGCCAGCAAUGUUUUAAAGUCUCUUAUUCUUAUUACUAACCAUACUGUACAUCUCAAUUCCUUUGAUGGAAAAACCGUUAGAAUGCAAAAUUUCAAGCCAUUAAUUCAUUUGUAAUGAAUUGACCACAUCAAAUCAUGUUUUGUAGGUAACAAAUAAAAACCUUAUCAAACUUGCCAGGACACAAAAACAGUAAUUUCAGAAAAGUUAUGCAGACCAACAUUAUGCUAGCUAUAUAUAUAUAUAUAUAUAUAUAUAUAUAUAUAUAUAU